ACGCCGGCUCUGCCCGCACCGUGUGCCGCGUCGUCUCUCCCAGUUCGACGCUCACUCGCCUCUGUAAAGGACGCGUUUCGUGAAUUCUGACUUAUGUGAGACUCUUGGACGUGCAGUUCAUAACUUGUGGCAAAACUUAGUGUACUCCAAGUCAACCAGUUUCAUUUGGAUCGGAUAACUUGCAGUGUGUUGCAGAAAUUUAAAAACAAUGAAUUAGUGUGUUAAGUGCGAAAACAAAUUUUGUUAAGCGAUCUCGAAAUUCGAGCUGAUGGUUCUCUUGAAAAGUAACAUGAAAAUUAAUGGUAAAUUAUUAAAUAGUUUUGCAUGUUUGAUUGAUGGUAUGCUGUUAGUUAUUCGGAUUGUCUGAUUAUCUCGGUUUGCACGAAGCACGAACGUAUACUCGCACGGUGGUAAACAGGAUACACAUUCAGAGACCAGGCUUCACUCAUUAACUUAUUCAAAUGAAGGCUUCGAUCUUUCACCGGGACCACCGAAAAAGCCAAAACAAUAGCGGACCUUGCCUUUGUCAGGCGACAUUGAAUCUCCGAAUGUAAAUUUGAGUUGGCACGAACAAUUGAACACAGUGAGUUUGGAAGUCGAUACCUACAUGAAUAAAGGCUUGUGUGUGUGACCCUGGUGCGCCUACGGGACCAGCCGCUGUGGGUGGACGGCAUAGUUCCGAGCCGCCUAGAACGACAGUGGGUGUUUGAAUGGAGCCAGUUAAUAAUAAUGUGGGCGGCAUGUCUCGCGGUGGCAGCGGGGCAGGCAAGACGGCCACAGCCAAGCGGGUCCCUCCACCGGCGGUGCCAGGAGACGCGUUCGGGACCCCACAGCACAGACACUCCGGCUCCAGCUUCGGCUCGCAAGGAUACGCGUCCUGUGAAGACCAACCAUACCCGCAACCACCAGACACGCCAUCCCAUACCAGAGAUGACCAUUCCGACUACGGAAGCACGGUGUCCGGAGUCAGUGGCGCUAGUGGGAGUCUCGGUAAAAGUCCGGCUGGUGGAGGAACUUUCACGUUUCCCCCGCCCGCCCAACCGCUGACACACAAAGCCGCCGUAUACUACCAUCAUCAGCUGGCCCUGAGCGAUGAUCAGGGAAUCGAUAUGACGCAGCAGAGUCCCGGCCGGGACAGCCCCGGGUCGUCAUCAGGAUCGGCAGGCUCAGGAUCUCGACACUCCUCAGCCUCCCUGGACAGCGGCAGGGCGUCAGGUCGGAUGCCGCACCACCACCACGCCACCUGUCACUGUGGCAACUUGGCCGAGAGAGUCCGAGCUAUGAUAGCUCAAGGUCUACCUGAUUCAGACAUAAUCCACUCGUGCUUAGCUGACCUCCAAAUGGAGGAGUACGCGCGGCUCUUCAUAGAGGCCGGGUACGAUCUGCCGACCAUAACAAGGAUGACUCCCGAGGACCUCACGGCUGUCGGCAUCAAGAAGCCCAACCACCGCAAGAGGUUAAAGGCAGAGCUCGCCAAUCUCAACGUACCGGAUAACUUGCCAGACUACAUACCGGGUUCCUUAGAAGAAUGGUUGCGGCUUCUACGUUUGGAAGAGUACGGGCCAGCCCUAGUGGCGCAGGGCUAUCGCACCGUGCACGACGUCACUCAACUCGCUUGGGAGGAUCUAGAGGACAUGGGAAUAGUGCGACUUGGUCACCAGAAGAAAAUACUGCUUGCCAUUAAAAGAGUGAAAGACAUUAGAGCAGGGAAGAGGAGCAUCAGCAACCAGGGAUCCUUGGACUUUACAAGGAUACAGCCGGGCCAGGAUUUAUAUCCGAGGGAGCGUUACCAGUGGGAGAGGAGUUAUCAUAAACCUCCUGAUCUAAACUUUGACGCCCUAGCGACGCCAUUAUGUGCCACUGAUCUGGUCCCUAUACAGAUUCGUCAUCCCCGCGGCAAAUCUCUUGAAAGUCUAGAAGACCCGUCUGAAAGGUCAUCCCAUACGACAUUCUCGCCGGAAGCCGGGUUCUAUUACGGCGGCGGACAGUGGAGGCGUUCGUACGAUGACGGUGACAUCACGCCUACAAACGACAGCUCGUAUGAGGGUGGAGGAACAUUGCCCCGUCCGCGAGGGCUCGUGCGGCCUCGUCCUGUGGCCAAAAUCCAAGCCACACCCGCGUACAGAGACAAGUCGCCGGAUUACAUGUACGACGAGCUGGCGUACUCGGCGAGGCUGCAACGCGUCGCGUACGGUGCGAGUCCGCACGUAGCCAGAAAGCCGCCCCCGGAUCCGCCUAAAAGGCAGAGCUCCCAAUACGCCCCGUUUUCCCGGUUCGGACAGACCACAGUGGAAAUACACCCCGAGAAGAGUUUGCCUCUCAGUCUGCCAGCGUAUCCCAGCUCGGAUUCGUUGAGCGUGUCUCUGGAUAGUACCGGGUUGCUUCCCCCUCCACCGGCGCCGUCGUCGCCGCCGCGGAGAUACGAAGAUGAUAAACUCAGAACUGGGUCUGAUGCUAGUUUCAAGUCGAAUUCGAGCACAGAGUCGGACAGCAUUCCAUUCGCAAACGAAAACGCGGGAACGAUAAAGCAGAAUCGCGGCCAGAUCGCGAGCCGCCCGCACACGGUCGACUACGGACGGUCCGGCAUGGGGCACGCCGGCCUGCCGCCCCGGGGCAACGACAUAAAGCCGACAACGCCUCACUCGCUGCCCGAACAUAAAGACGAAGGGAAAAGCACUGAGCCCGUGGACGUUCUAAAUGACAUCGGCAACAUGCUCGCCAACCUGACGGACGAACUCGACGCCAUGUUGGAAGAAGAGAAACGUCAAGGCCUGACCGACUCCUAAAAUUAAAUAAGUAUCUCUCCAAACUCUCGAAUAAAUUAGAAUAACUUCAAAUUCCAAAGAUUUGAUACUUGAUUAUAAUUAUUGGCAAAUGACUUCCGUUGAGUAUAAAUUAAGAGUUAAUUAAACAGGUAGCUUUUGAUUUCAAGAAACCUUUUUUUUUUUGUUAAAUUAAAUAAAGUUUAUUUUAAGGGACGAGCAAUUUGCUUGUAAUCAACAUUAAAUAUAAAACGAUCAAACUCGAUCGAAUAAUAAUAAUAUAUUAUAGUUUUAUAGCGUUUUGUACUCUUUAUAGUACAUUUUAUAUAUGGACAACAACAAUAAUUAAUUUGUUAUCGUAGUGAAAUUUAGUGAGUGGUGUGUUUUUUUUUAAUUGUUUUUUUUUUAUCUUUAAAUCAUAAUUAGUUCCUUUGUAUUUUUUAAUUUUCUAUUGAAGUACUAUGAUGUAGUCGGAUCCAAAUGAUACAGAUGACGUGGCUAUUUUUGUAAAUAUUAUUUUAUUACUGAACUCAUGUCUUGAUAAAAAAUAUAUAACCGAGUAGCUAGUUUUUCAUGUAUAAUAAAAUUGUAGAGUACUCGUUUAUGAAGUAGAAAUGGACAUUAGUUAGUGUUUAUACAAAAUGUUUUAGAUUUAGAUCGUAGCAUUAUAAUUAACUUAGGAUUUACUGUAUCACAGAAAUUCAUGUUAAAUAGAUUAUAUUAUGUCAGCCUCGUAUGAAGAACCAUAACAGAAUAAGGACGUGAUAACUUGAAUCAUUAAGAGUUGUUUCGCUUUGAAAAUAAUAACGACAAUAACGCACGGAACAAAUAAACUAAAAUAAGGCUUUUAACCACAUCGCUUUAAGACAUGCCUUAUGAUUGACAAAAAUAGCAAAUCAAGACCAAGCUGACGCAAAGAAAACAUUAAUAUGCUGGCAACAUUUGAAUUUAUGUACUUCCUACAAAAUAUCACGGUAAUCGUGUAUGCUUUCCUACUUCGUGAAUUCUCAUGUCCGAUAGUGAUAGAAAGCGGCCAUAACAGUGAUAAAAAUAAUAAUAUGGUAUAGUACAAAACACUAGGUUAAACAACACUGACUGUCUCAUUGCCUUUUAGAGCCAUUUAUACUGAUCAAACUUUGGAUGUAUUUACAAAGUUUUUUUUUUACUUUUACAACUAUAGAAUUGUCACUGAAUAAGUCUUAAUUGAAUUACGCAUUUUAACUUUACAGUUAAAAAUAUUGGAUGGUUUAUUUUUUCCGACUUGGAAAAGGACCUGUUCCUUCUAUGUUCAAUAAAGUCUUAUUAUGUAUGUUCACUGAUUUCAGGAUCGAUUUUAGCAUUGUAAUUUCAAGUUUUUGUCUAUUGUAUAAUUGAUGUAUUUAAUCCUUGAAGUCGGUUUUUUUUAAUAAGUAAAAACCAAUACUCCGUACAUUCUUAUUGCAUUCGCCUGAUUAAAUGAAGGUAAUUUUAAAAUAACGUAGCAAUGUAGCUUGAUCGUGUAAAUACUUAGAGAUCAAUGUUUCUACUAACUCCUUUGAUAACAUAUUCUAGACGUUUUGUAUACAUACUUAACCUUAAGCAAUAAUGUUACUGUCUACGUUACGUUUCUCUUUGAUCACGUGGAAGAAAAAAAAAAAGAAAUGUCAAACCUUGUAAAAGAGUGGAGUUUUUUUUUUUUAAUAGAGUGGUUGAUGGGUUUUAAUGUAAUUUACUAGAUUUUAUACUUCAAACUUUUGUAAAACAAUAGGUAUGUUCAAUUGUCUAAGUUAUUUUCUUCAACGUGAACAAAGUUUCUUGUCGUCACUCAUUCUAAAGGUGCUAGGCAUGAAACUACUUUGAAGUAAUAAUAAUUUACAUAAUUUGUAUCAUUUGUCGAACUAGUCAAAAUUAUUUUCGGAGUGGCGACGAAUGUGACUAUUUUUAACUGAAUUAUUUAAUGUAAUUUAAUGUUAUUGAUGCAGCUUAACGAUCCUUACUUAUUUUAUAGUUCAGUUGUCUUUGAUAUAAUAUAUUUGUAAUACCCAAAAA